AUGAGCCUUAUAUGCAACGGGAUGAUUAAUAUUUUUCUCUCGUUAAAUUUCUCGUUCAUAAUCUCUACAACUUACUAUGUUGCUCCUGCAUCAACUGCCCAUGCUGUAUUUUUCUGUCUUAGUCUCUUAACACCUGCAUUUGGGCCAGCGACGUUUUAUGUGGAGAAGUGCUCACAGAUUCCAUUUUUUCUUGUUUCUGCAAUUAUUGCUCUUGCAUUUGUUACAAUCCACACUUUCUCUAUGGUCAUUGCAUUUAAUGGAUACGCAGAAGGGAAUAAGUUUGACCAAUUCUUUGUUCCCACAGUUCACCUGCUUGCAGGAAUGCUGAAUUCGUUCGUAGAAGAUGAGAAUGCCAGUUCCGAACUGAGAAAGGCGUGUGAGAAAUCCUCUCACCCGCCAUUGGUGCACCUAUUGAUGUGGGAGGGCUCACAGCCAGGUCAUUUGGUUUUAAACGGAAAUCCUCCUUCUAAUUGGAAGCUAUUAAGGGUGCGAGCAGCCCCGGCUAACAAAUUGUUUCUCUCGUUAAAUUUCUCGUUCAUAAUCUCUACAACUUACUAUGUUGCUCCUGCAUCAACUGCUGGUGGUUUAGGUCAUGGUGUAGCCCAUGCUGUAUUUUUCUGUCUUAGUCUCUUAACACCUGCAUUUGGGCCAGCGACGUUUUAUGUGGAGAAGUGCUCACAGAUUCCAUUUUUUCUUGUUUCUGCAAUUAUUGCUCUUGCAUUUGUUACAAUCCACACUCUCUCUAUGGUCAUUGCAUUUAAUGGAUACGCAGAAGGGAAUAAGUUUGACCAAUUCUUUGUUCCCACAGUUCACCUGCUUGCAGGAAUGCUGACACUGAUAAAUCUUGCAUCUGGGGGUUGCAUUAUUGGAAUUCCUCUCCUCUAUGCAAUGGCAAUCUUGACCUUGAUGCAUUGUGCGAAGAUGGUUUGGAGAAGAUUGACAGACACCCGAGUCGAAGAUGAGAAUGCCAGUUCCGAACUGAGAAAGGCGUGUGAGAAAUCCUCUCACCCGCCAUUGGUGCACCUAUCGAUGUGGGAGGGCUCACAGCCAGGUCAAUUGGUUUUAAAUGGAAAUCCUCCUUUUAAUUGGGAGCUAUUAAGGGUGCGAGCAGCCCCGGCUAAUAAAUUUGUGAGGUUGAAAGGCCCGAAGAACUAA